GGGCCGCCCCCGCCCGCCUCAGAGCGCGGCGCCGGGAGGCGAGACACUGACCGGGAGCGACUGAGUGCGCUGGAGGUGCUGCCAACACCCCGAUCCUGCUGCAGAGCCGCCACCCUCGCCAGCCUUCCUCCUCCUCCUCCUCCUCCUGCUGCUGCUGCUGCCCUCGAGGGCCUGGAGCAGCCGGCUGAGCUCUGCGUGCAGCCAGAGGAGCCCGGGCCCGUCCUGCAGCGCCAUGGCCGGGAACGCUGAGAUGGCAUCCCUGGAAGAGAGCUUCCGCAAAUUCGCCAUCUACGGCGACACCAAGGCCACGGGGCAGGAGAUGAACGGCAAGAACUGGGCUAAGCUGUGCAAGGACUGCAAAGUCAGCGACGGCAAAAGCGUCACCAGCACCGACGUGGACAUUGUCUUCUCCAAGGUGAAAGGGAAGACAGCCCGUGUCAUCAACUACGAGGAGUUCAAGAAGGCCCUGGAGGAGCUGGCCCCCAAGAGAUUUAAGGACAAGAGCAAAGAGGAGGCGUACGAAGCCAUCUGCCAGCUGGUGGCAGGGAAGGAGCCCAUCAACGUGGGCGUCACGAAAGCCAAGACAGUCGGAGCCGUGGAGAGGCUGACGGACACCUCCAAGUACACGGGCUCCCACAAGGAGCGCUUCGACGAGAGCGGCAAGGGCAAGGGCAAGAGCGGCCGGGAGAACAUCGUGGACACCAGCGGCUACGUCAGUGCCUACAAGAACGCGGGCACCUACGACGCCAAAGUCAAAAAGUAGGGACGGGUGCCCGUGUGCCCCCCGCCCCGGUCCCUGCACGCUGACCGCGGGUCGGAGCCCAGCCCUGGGAGUGCCCUGAGCCGGGCCCGGGAGGCUGCGCUGGGGCCCGGGGGGCUGUGCCGGGGCUGGCGGGAUGUCGGUGCCCAGCCUGGGGGCACCGGGGAAGUCGCCGGGCCGCGAUCUCGGCCCCAGCGCCGCGCCCGUCCUCCCGUGCUGUGAUCCCCCGCCCCGCCCGUGUCCCCCGUGCUGUCACCCAGCCCCUCACCGCACUAACAGCACUGCUCCUCAGGGCUCCCCGGCGCCCAGACCUUCCCUACCUCAGCCCCGGCUUUCGGGGCACCUCCCUGAUCCCCCCGGGACCGCCGCCUGUGGUCCCCUCGGGGACCUGCCUUAACCCCGCGCCAGUGUCACCGCAGCCGCCCCCGUGCCCCCCGCCCGUGCCCUCCCCGCGGGGCUCAGCCCUCCAGGCUCGGACCCUGCGGUGCCGGAGCUGCCGGGAUGCUCCUGGCCCAGCCCCGGCAGAGUUUGGUGUCGCCUGGCCACGGGCAAAGGUCUCCGAGCCGAACCCCCGUGGCCCCCGCUCCCUUCGUGAAGGCCGAACCAAAGGAUGCUGCAGGCCCGCGCUGUAACCCGGCUCUGCAAUAAACCCCGUCCGCACUGA